AUGAUGAGGUACUAUUACUUCCACACUGACACCAAUGAUGGGGCACUAUUCCUCCCACUGACACCAAUGAUGGGGCACUGUAUCUCCCACUGACACCAAUGAUGGGGCACUAUUCCUCCCACUGACACCAAUGAUGGGGCACUAUUCCUCCCACUGACACCAAUGAUACUUACCUUGCUGACCCCUGCUCCAGCCUGGGCUCGCUCCCUCUCUCAUCCACAGCCAGCAUACCUGUCUGCAGCAGCAUCAUCUGCACAGCACAGACACUUACCUGUCAGCUAUCUUCCUUCUCCCUCACUC